AUGCCGACUGCAGAGUCUGUUGCCGGUAAGACGGACGGUCUACUUCGGAACCCCAUGUACAUCGGGAACGUGUUACACCAAAACCCCAUGUACGCUCCAAAUGCUGCACAGCCAAGGGCAGAUGGAGAGAACGAAAACAAAGACCUUCAACAAAAGACGAUCGUCUUUCGACUGAAAUGUGAAGAAUCUUCCGAUUGUUCCGAGGUAAGCUCUGUCGCCGUGUCGCCCUGCAACGAAAUAUUCCUAGCUGACACCUACAACAGGCAGGUUCAAGUCUUCAGCAUGAAGGGCGUCUACCUCCGCCGUUUCCCCACCGUGACGUCAGGGGAAAACUCCGAGACAUUGAAACCCCAUGACAUCUCCAUCGACGGGACGGGACAUGUGUGGGUAGUUGGGAAUGCGGACAGAAUGUCAGGGUUUAUUGUUCGAUACACUAAACUUGGAAGUCACCUAAUAACACUCCGCGCAACGUUCAGCAAUAAUUCUUUCUCCGGCAUGACUGUGGACACACUUCGUAAUCUUGUCGUAGCGACAGAGUACUGGUGGGGUUAUGGGGAAGUCAAGCUUCUGCAUUUCAAUGGUACUGUUGAGCACAAGUUUCGGGUGCAGCAAGGUUCGGGGUACCCCGGGUUGGUCGCUCUGGGACGGGAGGGGAACAUGUUUGUGUCCGACAGUAUGGGAGAUGCACGUGUCCAUGUCUAUAACAACAGGAGUCAGUACCUUUACAGCUUUGGGUGUGACGACAUCGAUGAGGAAACCGACGACAAUGAGGCAGACGAAGUCAUGGGAAUCUGUACAGACGGUUCAGGAAACGUUCUGCUGGUCCGGUCAGGCGGGGCGGUAGACAUGUUUACAGAAGACGGGCGGUACGUGCGCCGCGUUGUUCCCAGUAGAGCUGGCGGCGUGGCAGUAGCCCCCGGCGGACAGCUGGUAGUGACUGAUUUUGACACCAAGUCUGUUGCCGGUAAGACGGACGGUCUACUUCGGAACCCUAUGUACAUCGGGAACGUGUUACACCAAAACCCCAUGUACGCUCCAAAUACUGCACAGCCAAGGGCAGAUGGAGGUCAGAGUUGUGUGGUGUCUCAAUCUUGUCUGGUGGGUGCCAUUAUUAAAGGCUUGAUCGUGGCGACGCUAGCGGUUAUAACAGCGCUUAUCAUCUCAAUCUACGUCCCAGCGAAGCAAGGCAGCUACAUGCAAACGACUAAUUGGAUGAACACAAGUUUUGAAGUCAAGACUCCAACUAACGUAAUCCAGUAUACAAACUACACAUCGCCUCCACAACCAGACAUCAAGGUGGAGGCUGUCGCAGUAUCGCCUGGCAACGAAAUAUUCGUGGCGGACACCUACAACAGGCAGGUUCAAGUCUUCAGCAUGAAGGGCAUGUACCUCCGCCGUUUCCCCACCGUCAUCUCGGGGGAAAACUCCGAGACGAUGGAACCCGAUGACAUCUCCAUCGACGGUCAGGGUCAUGUGUGGGUAGUUGGGUAUGCGGACAGAAUGUCAGGGAUUAUUGUUCGUUACACUAAACUUGGAAGUCUCCUAACAACACUCCGCGCAACGUUCAGCAAUAAUUCUUUCUCCGGCAUGACUGUGGACACACUUCGUAAUCUUGUGGUAGCGACAGAGUACUGGUGGGGUUAUGGGGAAGUCAAGCUUCUGCAUUUCAAUGGUACUGUUGAGCACAAGUUUCGGGUGCAGCAAGGUUCGGGGUACCCUGGGGUGGUCGCUGUGGGACGGGAGGGAAACCUGUUUGUGUCCGACAGUAUUGGAGAUGCACGUGUCCAUGUCUAUAACAACAGGAGUCAGUACCUUUACAGCUUUGGGUGUAACGACAUCGAUGAGGGUCGGGCAGAAAUCGGCCUGGGUUCAACAGAAAUCGUCACGGGAAUCUGUACAGACGGUUCAGGAAACGUUCUGCUGGUCCGGUCAGGCGGGGCGGUAGACAUGUUUACAGAAGACGGGCGGUACGUGCGUCGCGUUGUUACCAGUAGAGCUGGUGGCGUGGCAGUAGCCCCCGGCGGACAGCUGGUAGUGACUGAUUUUGACACCAACAAUGUAUCUAUCGCUAAGCAGUUAUCUAUCAGCCGGAAGGAUCUCUGUUUAGGUCCACUUCGAAAAAGGGAAGGUGCAGCUGAGCAACCGUCAUCCUCAACAAUAGGCAACACGUUCCGGCGAUAUCUACAAAAGUUAGGGAUCGACGAGGGAGAGACACUGCAUGGGUGCAGGUCAGGAUGUGCGAUCUCCCUUCACAUGGCCGGAGCAUCGGACAGAGAGUUGAUGGACCACGUCGGAUGGUUCACGGGAAGGACGGCAUCCCAUUACAUGAAAAUCACACAGGUUAUGGAACCAGGAGGCCCCGCAGCGCGUAUAGCUUCACAGGAAGUCAGGCAGGCGGGGAAGACACAUGAAGAGAACAACGAGUUACAAAUGUACGAGGGCUGA